AUGGACAGAAGUGGAAACCGAGGGAGUGGACGCGGCUAUAGACGAGGCCACCGGCGUGGAAGGGGUGGUCGUGGAGAUGGGAGUCCGUCAUGGGCCGAGGCCGAUGCUCGUCGUCCUGGAUAUGAUGCCUCACUGUAUCCAGAGGCCGUUGCUGUCCGGCCGCAGUUUAACCUCGUGCCUGAGUUUAAUCAGGUUUCCCUAGGAAAUGAGGAUAAGGCUUGCCCCGUCCGACGCCCCAGCAAUGGUGGCUCGUUGGCUGCUCGACCUGUCAAUCUUCUGGUCAACCACUUUCGCGUCACCUUCAAUCCCGAAACCAUGAUAAGGCACUACGAUGUCGACAUCAAGGCCGAGGCACCUGUGAGGCACCGCCAUCCCGCAAGACUAUCAAAAGACACCCUAUCUCAGAUCAAGCAGAAGUUAUUCUCUGACAACCCCACACAAUUCCCUUUAUCCAGGACCGCUUACGAUGGCGAGAAGAACAUCUUUAGUACGAUUCAGCUGCCUUGCGGGACGUACAAUGUGAAGAUAGGUUCCGGCAGAGAAGACAGCGAGGACUCCUCAUUCCAAUGCUCCAUCACGCUCGUGAACGAGUUCAACCUCCUUAAGUUGAGAGAUUACUUGGCGGGAGGUUUGGUGUCGAUCCCGAGGGACAUAUUGCAGGUCAUGGAUCUGGUGAUGAAGGAGAACCCUGCGAGGCACAUGAUGUCGGUCGGACGGCACUUCUAUCCCCCUGAGUAUCACAAGACGGACGACUUAAAGUGCGGCGUCGCAGCAUUUAGGGGGUUCCAACACAGCUUGAAGCCGACCUGCCAGGGACUCGCGUUGUGCCUUGAUUGCUCGGUCAUGGCCUUCCGAAAGAGGAUGCCGGUCAUCGAUUUCCUCGUGGAGCAUAUAAGUGGAUUCAGCAUCGGCCAGUUUGCCAGGUACAGGAGGGAAGUCGAGCAGGCGUUGAAGGGGGUGAAGGUCACAGUGAACCACCGGAGGACCAAACAAAAGUACACGGUCGAGGGGCUGACCAAGGAGACGACGCGCUCGAUAUCUUUCAGCAGCGAGAGCCCCGAGGGAAAGACGAGUAAGGUCAAUCUGGUGAACUACUUCCAGGAGAAGUACGGAAUCGACAUCAAGCACAAGGACAUUCCUUGCUUGGAUUUGAGCAAGAGCAACAAGAAGCAGUACGUGCCGCUGGAGCUGUGCGAGUUGGUCGAGGGGCAGAGGUACCCGAAGGAGAAAUUGGAGCGAGAUGCCUCGACCUCGCUGAAGAAAAUCUCCAUGCCUCCCCCACAUAGCAGAAAGAAGUCCAUCUGCGACAUUAUGAGGUCGAACAUCGGACCUUGCGGAGACGUCAGCCGGAACUUUGGAAUCGAAGUCGACAUGAACAUGACGAAAGUUGUGGGACGUGUCAUCGGACCUCCCGAGUUAAAGCUGGCGACUCUGGAUGGCAAGAUGAUGAAGAUAGAGGUUGAUAAAGUCAAAUGCCAAUGGAAUCUGAUGGGGAAAGCAGUCGUGGAUGGGAAGACGAUCGAGCGGUGGGUCAUUGUCGACUUCAGCGCGUCGGACCGAAAUCGAUGGCUCAACCCUGGGCCGUUUAUCCAAAAGCUUAUUAGCAAAUGCAGAAGCUUGAGGAUUCGAAUGGAAGAACCACUCUUUUAUCAACGUGCGGCAAUGAACGUGUUCUCCGACGUGGCUAAAUUGACUGAGCUGCUAGAGUAUGUCGCCCGUCGCGCUUGCGAUGGCGGGAGACGUCCUCCUCAGUUCCUCCUUUGCGUCAUGUCUGGGAAGGACCCCGGCUACAAGCAACUCAAAUGGAUCUGCGAGACUCAAGUCGGGUUGGUCACUCAGUGUUGCCUUUCUGCGAAUGCCAAUAAUGCGAACGAUCAAUAUCUAACAAAUCUGGCCCUCAAGAUCAAUGCCAAGCUGGGGGGCAGCAACACGGAGCUAUCCAAUCCAUUGCCGCACAUCAAUGACGAGGGGCAUGUCAUGUUGCUUGGCGCCGAUGUCAACCAUCCCACAUCUCGCGACACGAAGAGUCCGUCCUUUGCUGCAGUAGUCGGAACCGUCAACUGGCCCGCUGCCAAUCGCUACGCUGCAAGGGUGCGACCUCAGCACCACCGGCAAGAAAAGAUUGUCGACAUCGGGGAGAUGUGUCUGCAGCUCGUUGAGACAUAUGCCCGUCUGAAUGGAGUUAGGCCUGGGAAGCUCAUAUUGUUCCGCGAUGGGGUGAGCGAAAGCCAAUUCGAUAUGGUUCUGAACGAGGAAUUGAGGGAACUGAAGAAGGCUUUCGCCGAGAAAGAUUACAACCCGACCAUCACGAUCCUAGUGGCGCAGAAGCGGCACCAAACUCGUCUUUUCCUGGAGAGAGAUGCCAUUAACGGCCCAGGCAACGUGCCACCAGGGACGGUAGUGGACACAACAGUAGUUCAUCCUUCUGAAUUGAGCUUCUAUCUGUGCAGCCACUACGGCAGCCUCGGGACGAGCAAGUCGACCUAUUACCAUGUGCUCUGGGACGAGCACGGGUUCAGCUAUGACCACUUGGAGGAGUUGACUUACAGCUUAUGCUUCACCUCUGCUCGGUGCACCAAACCAGUGUCCCUGGUCGUGCCGGUGUACUAUGCUGAUCUUGCCGCCUUCAGGGGAAGGUUGUAUCAUGAAGCGGCGACGGAGCAUCCUCCCGGUUCAACUGAAGAGCGAUUCUACGACAAGCUGCACACUGACGUGGAGAACAAGAUGUUCUUCAUUUGAAGGCCUUACCC